GACAUUACCACCUACCUUUCAGAGCUCAACCUGAAACUUAGUUGAUCAUAAUCUCAUUUUCCCAUUACGUUCCCCUCGGUUUCUCCCUCAUGGCAAGCUUCCACUGCUUGGUCCUUCUGUGCUUCGUUCUCCUUGCAUCAAUGGCUGCUGCAACACAGUUCAAGGUUGGAGGCUCAAAGGGAUGGGCCGUGCCAGAGCCCAAUGCUAUGUCAUUCAACCAAUGGGCAGAAAAAAAUCGGUUCCAAAUUGGUGACUCACUACUUUUUGUCUACCUACCCGACCAGGACUCGGUACUUGUAGUGGAUGCGAAUGCAUACAAUAGUUGCGACACAUCAUCAUUCAUUGAUCGGUUCGAUGAUGGAAACACGGUGUUUACGUUCGCCCGAUCAGGUUCCUUCUACUUCAUCAGUGGAAGCAAAGAGAACUGCCAAAAGAAUGAGAAGUUAGUGGUUGUGGUCAUGGCAAGCCGUAGCAAUGGAACAAGCCUAGCACCUUCUCCUUCACCGGUUUCUUCAUCAUCUCCUCCUGCACCACCACCUUCAGGGGUGGUAGGAAUUGUACCAUCAUCGGCUCCCGCCGGUCAGGAGUCCACUACUCCCCCUCGACCAAACAGGGCUUCUGUAAAGGCUGUGGGCUUUGUAAGCACGCUCGGUGCUCUCCUCGUGACAUUAUAUCAUGUUUUAUAAGUGCCGUUUGUUGGGGUGAAGGUUUGUGAAAUUUAUUUAUUUGGGUUGAGUGAGAGAUUGUUUUGUUGAGAGUUAAGGUGUGUGAAAUUUAUUUACUUUGCUUGAGUGAGAGAUUGUGGAAGUCAAAAAUAAGCAUAGUUGGAUCAUCAGAGAUUAUUCUAUUAUUUUGUAAAUUUUAAUUGCUUGGCUUAUGCUAGUCUUCACAGUUGUACUAAAUAAGAUGAAAGUAUCGUCCUGCAGGCAGGUCACUUUAGUUUCA